CCGAGCUUUUCUAUAUGAGGUUUACAGUGUUUCGUGUUCUAUGGUCAAAGCGUGGAGGUCUUUUGCGCUUAGAAAAUGACUCUCUUGGCGUAAAUUUGUUUUAAAAGUUCGAGAGUUUCGGUUGAAUAUGACGUGAGUUUCUCACGAAAAUGUGCUGCUCGCGAUAGAGGAAAGCGCUUGGCUGGGCUGUGCUUGAAGCAAGCACGCAAGCUUUACUUGCGCGUGGUGAACAACGCCAGCUGCGAGAAUACAAUCGUCAGUAGCGGUGUCUCCUGGAAAUGGAGAAACAAAUACCCGACUCUGUAAUUCUCGAAGUGUUCAGGUACUUUACGAAAAGAGAACUUGGUGUUUUGGCUCAAGUUUGCCCGCGGUGGCGAAGAAUUGCCUACGAUCGUUCGCUCUGGUGUGUUGUUGACAUGAAUGAUUUUUGGCCUGCGGUUGAUGAAGAGACGUUGUUGAUGUUGAUCAGGACGCGUUUAUCCUCGGUAAAAGCUCUUAAUUUGGGCGGUUGUACCCUCACAGCCAAAGUGGCUAAAGAACUCGCUAAAAGAUGUCUUCAACUCCGUAGUCUGGUCUUUUACGGAGCGGAGGUUGAAAGCGAAACGGGACACGAAGGUAUACGCGACUUUCCAACGGGCUUAGAACUCAUGGAUUUACGCUACUCGUGGGGAAAUUUCAAGUUUAUGAGAAGAUUACCGAGACAUUUUACUCAAAUGAGAUACGUUGGAUUGGGGAUGGACUCAUCUGAGAGUCUCGUGCCUGAUGUUUUUGCGAAAAUGAGAAACUUGCGCAUUCUUGAUUGCACGGAUUGCGAGACAUUGACUGAUGACGCACUUCUCAAAGUCUCGAUGAAUUGUCCGCACUUAGAAUCGAUAUGCUUGAACGAAUGUAAGAAUUAUCGAGGAAAACACCUUUAUCGAGUCCUAAAUAAUUGUAAGUCUGUUUCAACUCUGCUUAUUCGAUUUACAAAGAUCACCGAUGAGGCACUGAUGGCAGUUAGUUGGGAAAAGACCGUGGUGAAAGAACUUGAUCUGACCGGUUGCUAUUUCGUGACAACCACUGGCCUUUCAAACGUGAUUUCUAGGUUGCCGGAUAUUCGCUAUUUUAAAAUGAAUCAAUGUGGAUUUCGGCACAUUCUUCAUUUGAGAAUUUACCAAGAAGUGAGGCCAACGCUGGCUUACAAAUGUUUAGAGACUUUAGAUCUGCGAUGGAACUUUCUACUGUCGGCGGAAUGUUUGGAGGGCGUUCUGCGACAUUCCCCGUCCCUACGGUACUUAGGAGUUAGUCACUCCCCUAGGAUACCCCCCUCAGUGAUAGCUGAGAUGUUCAAGUUUGUUUCCAAGUUGAGGAUUUUGGAGUUUGGACCUCUUCGCAAGGAGGCCUUGUCAGAGAGUUCAUUAGUACCCAAUCUUAUUAAGAUGUGCCCACUCAUAGAGGCAGUGUCAUUAAUCAAUUUCAAGUUGAUUGAUGAUUGCGACGCAGACUUGGUUCAGGAACUUAGAGACAAAUGCAAACACAUCAGGGAAGUUAAGCUCUGCAGUCCUCGCAUUGAGCAUGUUGCCAUUGGUAACAGCGGAGAAACCAUCACUGUGGAACGACUUCUUAUCAAAAUGGAGAGCCUGCUGCCGAGCCCAGAGAACACACUUGGCAAAGUUAUCAACAAAUUGCAUGUUUAGGUAGUUCUUUUUUAUAUUCAUUAUCAGAAAUCUUCAUUGUACAUAGUAGCCAGAUGUUGCACAUAAAAAUAUUCUUUCUAUUUUCACAAUCAUAAAUUAAUAUUCAACAUUAUAAUAGUCACUAGUGUAUGAUAUGUGACAUUUUCAACUUAUGGACUAAGUUGGUCAUAUUGAUUGAAAGCCAUUCCAUUGUUAGCCGAUGGCAGCACUAAAUGGACCUCUCGGGUGUGAGCAAUUGAAUUUUAUUAUUCCUUAAAACAAUCUCCAAUUUCAAAUUCUAAUGAAUUUUCUUUAGGAAAAUUGUAGUUGAAAUUAUACUUAUUUGCCCAGAAACUACAACGAUCUUUUUCUAGGACUCAUUUUUUUCUAGUUUCACCUUCAUACUUUGAAACUUUUUAGAUCCUCAGUUUUAUUGAUGUAAACCAAACAGUGUGUUCCUCUGUGAGGAUUUUUUCUUUUCUUGGUAAACUUUUGGUUUUUCAGCUGAAGUUUGGUGUAUUACAUUUGUUCUCUCUGUUUGCUGGGAACCAUGUUUUUACUGAAGAAAAUUUACUUCAAACAGGGUUACUGUCAAAUUGAUUUCACUUCUUCUUUCAACAAUGUAAAUAAUGCCAACAAGCAGGCUGGACGAUACAGUGUUUUAAGGAGAACGAGUAUAGCAGUAAUGGAGCAGCAGAAAGGGAACUUUCCAGAGAAAUUCCCAAUGCAUUAUAUAUCCAGCGUUGUUUAAGUCCUUUUUCCAACUAGUCUUUGUUUAGGUUUGCAAUAUCCCUAUUUUCUGAGAGGGAGUUUUUUCUAGAAUUCUGCUUAUAUGGAAGGGCCUAAUGUUAUUAUAGGUGCUUUUGUUUCCAACAUUUCAUGGCCCAGCUGUGUUGGAUCUUAGGGCUAAGCCACUGUGAAUAGUUUUAAGUCACUUGAUUCUUUCUUUGUCUCUUAUAAGCUUACAGCUCCAUCUUUUCAAUUCUUUGAAAAGAUACAUUAAACCAACAAUUUUUUUUCAGUAUUUUUGGAUGAUUCACAAUUGGUGACCAUUUCUUGCACACUUUACCCACUAAUCUAUGUCAUUACUUAAAAUUGUUUACACAAUAGACACUUCCACUUGUCAUUUCUUCUUUGUCUAGCUGUGGAAGCAAAGUGGUGUUGCAAAUCUUUUCAAAGUCUUAAUGUUGCAUAAAGACUUAAAAAAAAAGAAAUUUGUUUCUAGGACUGGAUCCUAAAAAUAUAGCUCAAAAUUUUGAAAUCUAUAAUUACCGAAAAGAACUUUUAAUGCAAUGUAUUUAUAUUAUAUAAUUAUGACAAAUAUCUUUAAAAAAUUGUAAAGAAUUCAAUUUGCGAUGUAAGGGUGGUGUAGCUCAAACUAUGUAAAUUAUGUUUUGAAGAGUUGCCAAGAAAGUUGUUAUAUAAAUAUAUGUGUCAAAUCUUUC